AUGGCCCUACUAAGAAAGUUGAAGAAAAAGGUGAGAAAAGUACUAGUCUUUUUUGUAAAAUUUGCAAAAAGACUAAUCAUAAUGCAGAAAAAUGUUGGCACAAAGGAUUGCAGCACAACAACGGGAGCAAGUAAAUUUCGUGAAGGAAAGGAGGAAGAAAAGGAAGAAAACUUUUCUACGCUUCUCAAUCGAUGCUUCAAAGAAAGCAAUGAAUGGUAUGUUGAUAGCGGUUGUACCAAUCAUAUGACUGGAGAUGAAAAGGCUUUCCUCUCAUUUAAUCGCAGCAUCACUUCUAAAGUGAGAAUGGGGAAUGGAGCCUUAGUUGAUGCAAAAGGUAAAGGUACCAUUUCGAUUAACAGAAAAGGGAGCGGUAAGCAAAUUCAUGAUGUUCUUUAUGUUCCUGACUUGGAAGAAAAUUUGCUUGGUGUUGGUCAGCUCAUGGAAAAUGGUUAUUCUCUUGUGUUUAGAGAUAAUUAUUGUAGAAUUUAUGAUAAAAUUGAGCCAAAUCAAGUCAUUGUUGAAGUAAAGAUGAUAAAAAGAAACUUUCCUUUACAACUUCAUUACAAUGCAUUAAAAAUGAAGUUGUAG